AUGGGGGAGAUCACCAAAUAUUUUCACAAAUAUGACAUCCCUUGGAUCCAAGGAAUUCCUAUAGAUUUAUAUAUGGAAGACACUUUAAUUUGGCCUUUCACUCCUAAUGGUCAAUACAUUGUGAAAAGUGGGUAUAGGGUUGGAAGGGAGAUGAAUCUUAAUCCCACUAGAUGCUCUAAUUUGACAGCAAUUCAGAGUUGGUGGAAAAUGCUUUGGAGCCUUCACCUUCCCCCUCGAAUGAAGCUUUUUGGGUGGAGAAUGUGCCACAAUUGGCUACCUGCUAAGACCAAUCUGAAGCAUAGAGGUAUGGACAUCAAUACUCAAUGUGAAUCUUGUGGAAGGUAUGAUGAAAAUCUUACUCAUGCUUUAUGGAAUUGUGAUAAGAUUAAAAAUAUAUGGAAGCUGCUGCCUUGGUAUAAAAAAAUUUCCAAAUUGGGAGAGGGAUCUAUGUUCGAUGUGUUACAGGCGGUAGAGAAGCAGGUUACUCGGGAUGAAUUUGAAGAUACAAUCAAAGUUCUUUGGGCAAUAUGGGAGAAUCGAAACCGGCAAUGGAAUCAACUUCCAAGUAUGAAGGGAUAUCAGCUUCUCAAUUGGGUUUUCAAUGCCUAUCCGAAGGCCUCUACAAUCGAUCUCACAGCUGGCCAACAGAAGGUGGAAACUUACCCCAAUCCGAAACACUGGAUUCCUCCUGACAGUGGGUGUAUUUGUGUUAAUAGUGAUGCAGCAAUCAACGAAAAUACUACUGGUGUGGGGCUCGAUUUCGUUUGGAGAACAACCAGUGGCAAACUGCUUUCAGCUGGGAUGGUAUAUAUGCCCAGCCUGUGUUCUAUUAAGAUGGCUGAAGCUUGGGCCUUGCUGGAAGCUUUGAAGAAACCUCCUGCGAUUGAUACUUCUCAGAUUGCAGUCCAGACUGAUUGCAAAUUGCUGGUGGAAGAAAUUAAGACUCAAGGAAAUACCCUCACUGCCGAAAGAAACAUUAUCCACAAGCUCAAUAGGGUGCUGGAAACUUUUAAUAGUGUUCAUAUUUUUCAUGUAAAAAGAACCAAUAAUGAGUGUGCAAAUUUAUUAGCUAGGAAAUGUCUAGCUGAUAAAUCUACCCAAUUUUUUGACAAUUCUUUUCAGGAUUGGUUAGCUAAGUUUUGUAAGGCUGACCAUCCUCUUGUGGUGUAG